UAUCAAUGGUUUCCUAGCACUUCUGUAACUUGAUUCCAUUUCAAGCAAACAAAGCUCAUUACGAACGAUAAGGUCUUUUAUCACAUUUAUUUUCGAUUUUUGUACUCAAUUCAUUCAAAUUCGUUCAAUUAUGGCUUCAGAACAAGUUAGAGCUCCAGGUAGCAAACCUGGAGAGAAUAUGUUGUGGGGUGGUCGAUUUACUGGUCUGUUUGACUCAUAUUUCUGUCUUUGAUCGAGCUCAACUUUUACUGAUUACUUCAAAAGGCGGCCUUGAUCCCCUCAUGGUAUCCUACAACGAAUCAAUUUACUACGAUCGUGCAUUCCAUACUCAGGACAUUCUGGGUAGCAUUGCUUGGGCUCGCGCAAACCACAAGAAUGGUAUCUUGACUGAAGCCGAAUUCGCCGCAAUUGAGUCUGGAUUGAAGCAAGUUGAGCAAGAAUGGGUCGCAGGAACGUUCAAGAUAGUUCCCGGUGUGGACGAGGACAUUCAUACUGCAAAUGAGAGAAGGUUGGGCGAAAUUAUUGGCAAAGAGAUUGGAGGGAAAUUACAUACUGGAAGAAGCCGAAACGAGCAAGUUGCAACAGAUAUGCGAUUGUGGCUUAGGGAUGAACUCAAAAAGAUUGAGAACUUCUUGGUCGACUAUCUGAGGGUUGUGGCUGCCAGAUCCGAGAACGAGAUUGAGCACAUUAUGCCAGGAUAUACCCAUCUGCAACGUGCUCAGCCCAUCAGAUGGAGCCACUGGAUGUUGUCAUAUGGUCUGGCCUUUGCAACGGAUCUCCAAAGAUUGCGAGAAGUUAUCAAGAGAGUCAACCGAUCACCGUUAGGGUGUGGUGCCUUGGCUGGUAACCCUUUCAAUAUCGAUCGAGAGGCCAUGGCUAAGGAACUUGGCUUUGAAGGUCUUCUGUGGAAUUCUAUGUCCGCUGUUGGUGACCGUGAUUUCGUUGUCGAGACAAUGCAAUGGGGUGCCACCCUCAUGUCACAUCUGUCAAGAUGGGCAGAGGAUCUCAUUAUUUAUGGUACCGGUGAAUUCAGCUUCGUCCGUUUGGCUGAUGCCUACUCGACAGGAGUAUGUCCUAUCUCCCGAAGUUCAUAAGCAUUCUUUAGCUAAUAUUCACAGUCAUCUCUGAUGCCUCAAAAGAAAAAUAGCGACAGCCUGGAGUUGUUGAGGGGCAAAGCCGGCAGAGCCUUUGGCCAGAUGGCAGGUUUGAUGAUGACCGUCAAGGUGCUUUCACUGUCUUAGGGCAAUAAUUCAAAAUUACUGAUCUUGCGCUCCAGGGUCUUCCAAGUACCUAUAACAAGGAUCUACAGGAGAGUGUGGAGCCAAUGUUAGAUCACAUUAAGACAGUUGGCGACAGCAUCCAGAUCGCUACUGGUGUUCUCAGCACGUUGACUAUCAACCCAGAGAAGAUGAAGGCUUCGCUUGAUCCAUUUAUGCUUGUAAGUCAAUUGAAAAAAAUCUGAGGUCUAGCAAUGUUUUCAAGCCUGCCAUACCUCCCUCCAGUGUGUUUGCGCUAAUCAUGGUGAAAUAUUUAGGCCACCGACCUGGCAGACUAUCUAGUACGUGCAGGUGUACCAUUCAGAGAGACUGUAAGUAGCCUAUAGCUCCUGGACUUGGGAAAUAAAUACUGAUAUUCACAAUAGCAUCAUAUUUCCGGACAAGUCGUUGCAUAUUCUGAGAAGACUAAAAUUCCCAUGGACCAGUUGACAUAUGAACAACUAAAGAGCAUUGACAGUCGCUUCAAGGAGGAUGUAUCUGAAUGUUUUGACUAUGAGAAGAGUGUAGAAGCACGCCAAGCGGCCGGUGGAACCAGCAAGUCAAGCGUUGAGGAGCAAAUCAAGGUACUGAAAAGCAUCCUUGGUUAAAGAUUAAGAGUUGUAAGAUGAAAGAUUAUGAAUCAAGCCCAUCCAAACAUCUUGCAACUGUAUUUUUCUAGUGCAUUGUAGUAUCAAUGCUAGAUCUGCGGAUUGCAAUAUGUUAUAGAAAUUCGGCUUAGACAAAACUUAACAGAAUAAUUGAUACCACCAAAGCAUAAAAAUUCACGACUUGUAAGAUGUUCAAUCUUAGAUAGUUGACAUCCAUAUAGCUGUUGCCGUGCUUAUUAUUAUUGCUGUUGUCUGUUUUU